UAUGGAGGCAGCUGCAGAUCUUCAGGACACAGCCUCGUUAACUCUGAAGUUUGAGUUUAACCCAAAGCUGGGCAUUGAUAAUCCCGUCCUCUCCCUGGCAGAAGACCACGACCCCUCUGAACUCUGGAGUCUGGAGCGGCCUCGUUUCUGUCUGCUGAGCAAGGAGAAGGGCAGAACUUUUGGCUUCCACCUGCAGCAGGAGCUGGGCAGGGCUGGGCAUGUGGUGAGCAUGGUGGAGCCAGGCACCUCUGCCCAGCGCCAGGGUCUUCGGGCAGGAGACCGGAUCCUAGGGGUGAACAGCCAUGUCGUGGAACGUGAAGACCAUGCAGUGGUGGUACGCCGCAUCCGGGCCAGUGGUCCUCGGGUGUUGCUGACGGUUUUGGCGCAGCAUGUGCAUGAUGUGGCCCGAGCUCAACAGGGAAAUGAUGCCUGCCUCUGUCCUACUCUUGGCCCGGGGGUCCGGCCCCGGCUAUGCCACAUAGUGAAAGAUGAGGGUGGCUUUGGCUUCAGUCUCACCCAGGGACAUCGGGGGCCUUUCUGGUUGGUGCUAACUACUGGAGGAGCAGCUGAGCGGGCAGGGGUGCCCCCUGGGGCCCGACUGCUAGAAGUGAAUGGGGUCAGUGUGGAGAAGUUCACUCAUAACCAGCUAAGGAGGAAGCUUCGGCAGAGUGGAGAGCAGGUGACCCUGCUGGUGGCAGGGCCAGAGGUGGAGGAAAAAUGUCGCCAGCUGGGAAUGCCUCUGGCUGCACCCCUGGCAGAGGGCUGGGCACUGCCCACCAAGCCCCGCUGUCUGCACCUAGAGAAAGGGCCCCAGGGCUUUGGGUUCCUGCUCCGAGAGGAAAAGGGCCUUGAUGGUCACCUUGGGCAGUUCCUGUGGGAGGUGGACCCAGGACUGCCAGCCGAGAAGGCCGGGAUGCAGGCUGGGGACCGGCUGGUGGCUGUGGCUGGGGAGAGCGUGGAAGGGCUGGGCCAUGAGGAGACAGUGUCCAGGAUCCGGGCGCAGGGCUCCUGUGUCUUCCUCACUGUCGUCGACCCUGAGGCUGACCGCUUCUUCAGCAUGGUUCGCUUGUCCCCACUCCUCUUCUUGGAAAGCACAGAGACUUCUGCGUCUCCCCAGGACACCUGCUCAGCCUCUCUGGUUGAGACCAAGAACCCACCAGUUGAAGACAUAGCCAUGCCUCCAGACUCAUGUGGCUCCCGCCAGUGCUUCCUGUACCCUGGGCCUGGUGGUGGCUAUGGCUUCCGACUCAGCUGUGUAGCCAGUGGGCCUUGUGUCUUCAUCUCCCAGGUGACCCUAGGAAGCUCAGCUGCCCGGGCAGGGCUGCAAAUGGGAGAUGUGAUUCUAGAGGUGAACGGGUUUCCUUUGGGUGGAGAGAAUGACCUGGAAAGGCUUCAGCAGCUGGCUGAGGCUGAGCCACCCCUGUGCCUGAAGCUGGCAGCCAGAUCUUGGCAGGGCUUGGAAGCCUGGAAUCCCCAGGGUCUGGAGAGGACUGGGCUCUAGCCUCAGAUCUGCUGUGGUGCUCCUCUGGUUGGCAUAGACCUGCCAAGUGACUUUCCUGUCUUAAAUCUCCAGCCGGAGGUAGUAGGAGUGGAGCUGCUCUCUUAAGCCAGAAAGUGGAGCUCUGGGACUCUGGACACCUCCAAUCACAGGAUUGCCCAGGGUCUCCCUCCCUUCCCAUGGGCCCACCAUCCAGAAGAAGGUGUGUCAGAGGCCCCAGGCAGGCCCACUAGGGAGCCUGCCCUGUGACUCCAGAGGAAUCAUGUGGGAGCUUUGGGAGUUGUGCCCCAAGGAUGAAGUUCUGCCUGAGACUAGUGGUGUGAUUUUGUGAUUUAUAAUAAGAAAUACAUAUUUGGUCUUCAUCUCCUUUCCUGGCACAAAGGUCCUAAAACCCUUGGAAUUUCCUAAGUAAUAAGAGCAAUACAAGUGUCUUCUGUUAUUUAUAACAAGCCCCUUUCAACGACACCUAGUUUUGUUAAUGAGGUGACUUUUGGAAAGCACCUAAGGAUAGGGAACUGGUUGCCAGGGGAAUGAGCCAUGUGAUUGGAAGGUUGGAACUUCCAGCCUUACCCCCACCCCCACGCCACCCUUGACCUCCUGGGAGUGAUCACCAAUGACCAAUGGUUUAAUCAGUCAUGCCUAUGUAAUGAAGUCUCCAUAAAAACCAAAAGGACGAGGUUCAGAGAGCUUCGAGGUUGCUGAACACGUGGAGGUGCUGGGAGGGUAGUGUGCCCAGAGAGGGCGUGGAGUUCCCAUGCCUGUACCUUGUCUAGGCAUCUCUUCCAUCUGGCUGUUCCUGAUU